AUGUCUUUGACUUCUGCCUACCAGCAUAAAUUAGCAGAGAAGCUCACUAUCCUGAAUGACCGAGGUCAGGGGGUUCUCAUCCGAAUGUAUAACAUCAAGAAGACUUGUUCAGACCCCAAAUCCAAACCCCCUUUCUUACUGGAAAAGUCCAUGGAAUCAUCUCUCAAGUACAUCAACAAGAAAUUUCCCAACAUAGAUGUCCGAAACAGCACGCAACAUUUAGGACCAGUACAUCGGGAAAAAUCUGAGAUAAUUAGAUUCCUCACCAACUACUACCAGUCAUUUGUGGACGUUAUGGAAUUUCGGGAUCAUGUAUAUGAACUUCUCAACACGAUUGAUGCCUGCCAGUGCCAUUUUGAUAUUAAUCUCAACUUUGACUUCACUCGGAGUUACCUGGACUUGAUAGUGACCUAUACCUCAGUUAUUUUACUUCUGUCACGGAUUGAGGAUCGACGGGUGCUCAUUGGCGUGUACAACUGUGCCCAUGAGAUGCUGCAUGGACAUAGUGACCCCAGUUUUGCCCGUCUGGGUCAGAUGGUCUUGGAGUAUGACCACCCUCUGAAGAAGCUGACAGAGGAGUUUGGGCCUCACACAAAGGCUGUGAGUGGAGCCCUGCUUUCUUUGCACUUUCUGUUUGUCCGAAGGAACCAGGGGGCUGAGCAGUGGCGUAGUGCCCAGCUUCUAAGUCUCAUCAGCACCCCUGCAGCCAUGAUUAACCCUGCUAAUUCAGACACAAUGGCCUGUGAGUACCUGUCUGUGGAAGUGAUGGAGCGCUGGAUUGUCAUUGGGUUUCUUCUUUGUCACGGGUGCCUCAACUCCAAUAGCCAGUGCCAGAAGCUGUGGAAGCUGUGUCUGCAGGGUUCCCUGUACAUCACCCUCAUACGGGAGGAUGUGCUACAAGUGCACAAGGUCACCGAGGAUCUGUUUAGCGGUUUGAAAGGGUAUGGCAAGCGAGUGGCAGACAUAAAGGAAAGCAAGGAACAUGCAAUUGCAAACAGUGGCCAGUUUCACUCUCAAAGGCGUCAAUUUCUGCGGAUGGCUGUGAAGGAGCUGGAGACUGUGUUAACCGAUGAACCAGGACUACUGGGUCCCAAGGCCCUUUUUGCUUUCAUGGCCCUGUCCUUCAUUCGUGAUGAGGUCACUUGGCUGGUUCGCCACACAGAAAAUGUCACCAAGACGAAGACACCUGAGGACUACGCUGACUCGAGCAUUGCAGAACUGCUUUUCUUGUUGGAGGAGAUUAGGGCUCUGGUCCGAAGACACAUCAAGGUGAUAGAGCAAUACCACCUUCAGUACCUGGCCAGAUUUGAUGCUCUUGUGCUCAGUGACAUCAUUCAAAACCUGUCUGUGUGUCCUGAGGAGGAGUCCAUCAUAAUGUCCUCAUUCGUCAAUACUCUCUCCUCUCUGAAUCUCAAACAAGUUGAUACUGGAGAAAAAUUUGAAUUUUCUGGAUUGAGGCUGGACUGGUUCCGUCUACAGGCGUAUACCAGUGUGGCUAAGGCUCCCCUGCACCUGCACGAGAACCCUGACUUAGCCAAGGUGAUGAACCUCAUUGUCUUUCACUCUCAAAUGCUGGACUCAGUAGAGAAUAUGCUGGUGGAAACUUCUGAUUUAUCUACUUUCUGCUUUCAUCUUCGUACAUUUGAGAAGAUGUUUGCUAUGACCCUGGAGGAACCUGCCAUGUUGCGUUAUGCCAUUGCUUUUCCCCUGAUUUGUGCUCACUUUGUCCAUUGCACUCACGAGAUGUGCCCAGAGGAGUACCCCCACCUGAAGAACCAUGGCCUUCAUCACUGCAACUCCUUCCUGGAAGAGUUGGCCAAGCAGACCAGCAACUGUGUCCUGGAGGUCUGUGCUGAACAGCGAAACCUGAGUGAGCAGCUUCUACCUAAGCACUGUGCCACUACCAUCAGCAAGGCCAAAAACAAGAAAACUAUGAAGCAGAGGCAGACUCCGAGAAAAGGAGAGCCUGAGAGGGACAAACCAGGAGCUGAGAGUCACCGGAAGAACCGCAGCAUUGUCACCAACAUGGACAAGCUACACCUAAACUUGACAGAAUUGGCACUGACAAUGAAUCAUGUACACAGCUUCUGUGUAUUUGAACACACCAUCUUCCCUUCUGAGUAUCUCAGCAGCCAUCUGGAGGCCAGACUCAACAGAGCCAUUGUGUGGCUGGCUGGCUACAAUGCCACAACCCAGGAGAUCGCCAGGCCUUCUGAGCUCUUGGUAGGAGUCAAAGCGUACAUCAGUUUCAUAAAGUCACUGGCCCAGUUUUUGGGUGCAGAUGUGUCCAGAGUCAUCCGCAACGCCCUCCUGCAGCAGACGCAGCCACUGGACUCGUGUGGGGAACAGACUAUCACCACUCUCUACACAAAUUGGUACCUAGAAAGUCUGCUUAGACAGGCGAGCAGUGGGACCAUUAUCCUCUCACCAGCCAUGCAGGCCUUCAUCAGCCUCCCCAGAGAAGGGGAGCAGAACUUCAGCGCAGAGGAGUUCUCUGACAUCUCUGAGUUGCGGGCUUUGGCUGAACUCCUGGGCCCCUAUGGCAUGAAGUUCCUGAGUGAAAACCUGAUGUGGCAUGUGACCUCUCAGAUUGUGGAGCUGAAGAAGCUGGUGGUGGAAAACAUGGAUGUACUUGUUCAGAUCAGAUCCAACUUUAGCAAGGCAGACUUGAUGGCUUCUCUGCUUCCCCAGCUGAUGGGGGCUGAUAAUGUGCUGAAGCGUAUGACCAUCAUUGGAGUUAUCCUCAGUUUUAGGGCCAUGGCCCAAGAGGGACUUCGGGAGGUUUUCUCCUCCCACUGCCCAUUUCUUAUGGGUCCCAUUGAGUGCCUGAAGGAGUCUGUCACCCCAGACACAGAUAUCAAGGUGACCCUGAGUGUCUUUGAGCUAGCAUCUGCUGCAGGGGUGGGCUGUGACAUUGACCCAGCUCUGGUGGCUGCCAUUGCCAAUCUGAAAACUGAUACGUCAUCCCCUGAGGAAGAAUAUAAGGUGGCCUGCCUGCUCUUGAUCUUUCUUGCCGUUUCCCUCCCCCUCCUCGCCAUGGACCCAGCUUCCUUCUAUAGCAUUGAGAAGGACGGUUACAGCAACAAUAUUCACUGCUUGACCAAAGCCAUCAUCCAGGUGUCUGCUGCCCUCUUCACCCUCUACAACAAGAACAUUGAAACUCACCUCAAGGAAUUUCUGGUGGUAGCUUCUGUCAGCCUCCUGCAGCUGGGCCAGGAGACUGACAAGCUUAAAACCAGAAAUCGGGAAUCCAUUUCUCUGCUCAUGCGCUUGGUGGUGGAGGAAUCCUCCUUCCUGACUCUGGACAUGCUGGAGUCCUGUUUCCCAUAUGUCCUGCUUCGAAAUGCCUAUCGGGAGGUAUCCCGGGCCUUCCACCUGAACCGAGUGUUGGCCAGUACCCACUGA